AUGGCAAGCCUUUUGAGUGGCUCUUCGACAUCCAUCGAUGCCAAGCUACCUUCAUCAACUACUUUCCUCAACACCAGUUCCACCGCCAAUAAGCCCUCAGGCAACCCUUCGUCAUCUUCUUCCAGUAUAAUUCCCAGCGAACCGACAAAAGGCUCUACGGAUGAUGUGGCUCUCGAUGUGGCUCUCAGUACUGCGCAAAGCGCCUCUACGCGAUCUCCCAGUACUACAGCUUUGGAUUCUAUAGCGAAAGAAACCGUUGGAAGCUCACCAACUACUACUGUUCCGGAUGCAAGUUUGACAGCCGAUGGCGAGACUCCUACUAUCGCACUUCCUACGGUAUCCAGCAACAGCAGUCCAAUUUCUUCACCGAUUUCACCGGCCUCUAUCUCAGAAACUUCAUCAAUACCCACACAACUCUCAUCUUCCGCAUUGGCAUUGAACCCCCAAAUUGCCACAUCAACCACAGUUUCGACCGGUGCGAUUCCCACGGCCACGCCAUCUAGCCAAACGCCUUCUUCUAUCACAAUAUCAUCGCAAUCUCAGAUUCAACCAACUGACCCUCAACCCUCUUCUCCUCGAGUUUCUCCGGCGUCUGGGACCGAAAUUGGAAAAGAGCUCCCAUCCCCUACACCAUCAACAACGCCAUCAAUCACUCCCUCUCAGGCUCAACCAUCGGCAACCCAGCCCACCGAUGAGUCGGUCCAAGGACCAGAGGUUUUCAGUGCCGCAGAUAUCGGCCCUCCUCCCUCUCCGGCUCCAUCUUCUACUGUUUCAACUUCAUCUACAGUAUCAAUACAGGCAAUCAACACAUCAUCAACUCAAGAGCAAUCCCAAAUUGCCGCCAGUCAGCCAGCAAAUCCGGUAGUAUCUGCAUCGGGAAAGGCUGUGGUGUCAAAUGCGCCCCUUUCAACCCCAGCUUUGACACCAACUUCACCGCCCAGCUCCAAUUCAUCUCCUACACCAGAUGCUGGAGCUGCUUCCGGGCCUACUUCUGCGACGACCUCAGCUCCAGCUUCUACAUCAGCUGUGCCGCUUAGCGACUCUAUACUGAGUGAAAUACCUUCCAAUACAGUCACAGAUCUUGUGCCGAGUUCUACGGGGAGUGUUACAACUUCUCUCGCAGGUAUCAACACAUUACCUGGCGACUUCCGAGAAAGCGGUCUGCCAGGAGGAAGUCAAGCCACUGCGCAGCCGAUAGCAGACCCUGUUAGCUCUAGUUCACGCCCAUCGACCGGCACCAUUGUCGGUGGUACUAUAGGCGGAAUCGCCGCCGCCGCAGUUAUUGUCAUCUUGCUAUGGUUCUGGAGGAGAAGGGUCGCACGAGAUGGGCGGGGAUCCAGCAAGGCAUAUAUCGAAAAAGAUUCUUCCACAUCAAUGGCACAAAGAUUAGGGAUAUCGACUACAGUGAGUGCUGUCAAGCAGAACAUUGGUGAAAAGUUCGCACCCCGCAACGUCAACAUGAACAGAGGAAACUCUCAGUUCCUCGAAGCAGGCACCGUCCAGCCCAGAAAUGUUGCGCCGAUGCGAAACCAGGGAGCCCCGAAUUCCGUCGCAGCAACUGGGGGGAAACCCAAGGGACAUAAGCUAGUACCGGGUCUAAGCUUCGAUUUUGGCAAGCGGUUUAACCCAUUCUCUGAUGCCAACGCUCUGAUGUCGGGCACGGUGCCGCCACCUUCCAGCUCAGUAUUAGCAAAUCCGUUCAGCGAUGAUAACAUGGUGUUGCCUCCCCCUGUUUCAGCCCCGAAUCGCCGGUCAAGAGGCCGAUCAUUGGGCGGAAUUCGAAGCUUCCAAGCCCCUACGGUUCCUGCCCGGCCGCAUUCUGUUCACAGAGAGUCUCUGCAAAGCAACGGUUCCUUCAACCAGCGUCGGGAUAAAUUUCGGUCUGAUCCAUUCGACUUGGAGAUUGAGAGCCGCCUUGCUCCUCCAGCAAAUGGAACCCCUAGCAGGAGUAGUUCCGUGUAUAGCAGCCAGAUCCAACAGAACCCUCACGACAGUUAUACGUCCAAAUACGCGAGUGGUUCCAGCCUCGGCGAUUGGACCGCCGGCGGAGAAGCUGGUCCCGGUGGUCCAACGGGUAGGCGAGAUAGCCCUACCAUUUCAUGA